UGAAGGGCCAAAGCAUGAUCAACACUGCCUGUCUGGUACUUGACGGUGUUCAGCACGGUGGUGAUUUUGUGUGUAUGAGUGAGUGAGUGAGUGUGUGGGUGGAUGUGAGAGUACUGAUAAGCCAGAGCAGAAGAGAAAGAAGUGCGUGAAACCAUCGAUACUUUCAGCUUAGCACAAGAACAACGUCUCUGGACACGUCAAGGAGCUUUACUAUCAGAGAACGCGCAGUGAAAGGAUGGAGAAAAAAGAUGUGACCGAGCACAAUUAUUUGAAGAAGAAGCUCAGAGUGUGUGUGGCAACAUGCAACAGAGCGGACUACUCCAAGCUAGCCCCUAUCAUGUGUGGCAUCAAAUCCCACCCUGAUGACUUUGAACUGGAAGUCAUGGUGCUUGGUUCACAUCUCAUUGAUGACUAUGGGAACACAUUUCGUUUGAUCGAGCAGGAUGGCUUUGAAAUCGGCUCCAAGCUCCACACCAUUGUAAGAGGAGAGGAUGAAGCAGCCAUGGUCGAGAGUGUUGGGCUGGCAUUGGUGAAACUGCCUGAUGUCUUACAGCGGUUGCAUCCUGACAUCCUCGUCAUCCACGGUGACCGCUUUGAUGCCCUGGCCUUGGCAACUGCUGCAGCACUGAUGAACAUUAGAAUACUUCACGUGGAGGGGGGAGAGGUAAGUGGAACGAUUGAUGACUCAAUCCGCCACGCCAUCAGUAAACUGGCCCACUACCAUGUAUGCUGCACACCCAGAGCGGAGCAGUACCUCAUUGCCAUGUGUGAGGAUCAUUCUCGCAUCUUGCUGGCUGGCUGUCCCUCAUAUGAUAAGCUGUUGUCAACUUAUCACAAAGAUAACUACAUGGAUGUCAUCAAGAGCUGGCUGGGUGACACUGUGCAGAAACAUGACUACAUUGUGGCUUUGCAGCACCCAGUCACCACAGACAUCCAGCACUCUAUUAAGAUCUAUGGACUGAUGCUCGAUGCCCUGCUCUCUUUUAACAAGAAGACGCUUAUCCUCUUCCCGAACAUCGAUGCUGGCAGUAAGGAGAUGGUGCGUGUGAUGCGGAAAAAAGGCAUCGAGCAGCACCCCAACUUCCGAGCGGUGAAGCAUAUUCCCUUUGAACAGUUCAUCCAGCUGGUGUGCCACGCCGGCUGCAUGAUCGGAAACAGCAGCUGUGGAGUGCGAGAGGCCGGGGCCUUCGGCACAGCCGUAGUUAACCUGGGAACAAGGCAAACUGGCAGAGAGACAGGUGAAAAUGUUAUUCAUGUCCGGGAUGCUGAUACUCACAAUAAGAUCUACCAUGCUCUGGAACUGCAGUUUGGAAAGAGAUAUCCCUGUGGCAAGAUUUAUGGUGAUGGCAAUGCAGUGACUCGUAUUCUCAAGUUUCUGCGCACCAUUGACCUGGACGAGCCCCUGCAGAAGACCUUCUGUUUCCCCCCAGUGAAAGACUCCUUCUCCCAAGACAUUGAUCACAUCCUGGAGACACAGAGUGCUCUGGCAGUUGACCUGGGAGGGACCAACCUCAGAGUGGCUAUUGUAUGCAUGAAGGGUAAGAUAUUGAAGAAAUAUACUCAGCCUAAUCCAAAGACCUUUGAGGAUAGGAUGCAGCUCUUAUUGAAGAUGUGCUUUGAAGCCAUGUGGGAGGCUGUGUGCCUCAACUGCAGAAUACUAGGAGUUGGGGUGUCCACGGGUGGACGAGUAAACCCGCAAGAAGGGGUGGUCCUGCACUCAACAAAGCUGAUCCAGGAAUGGUCCACAAUUGACCUCCGAACACCCAUUUCGGACGCCAUGCACCUCCCCGUCUGGGUCGACAAUGAUGGCAACUGUGCUGCACUGGCUGAGAAGAAGUUUGGCCACGGCAAAGGAGUGGAGAACUUUGUGACAAUCAUCACAGGCACAGGUAUUGGUGGAGGAAUUAUCCACCACAGUGAGCUGGUCCAUGGCAGCACCUUCUGCGCUGCAGAGCUGGGUCACAUCAUGGUUUCAUUAGAAGGCCCCGAGUGUUCAUGUGGCAGCCGUGGAUGCAUAGAGGCCUAUGCGUCUGGGAUGGCCCUGCAGAGAGAGGCUAAAAGGCUGCACGACGAGGACCUGCUGAAGGUGGAGGGGAUGGAUAUGAAGCUUUCUGAGCCGGUCACUGCUGCCCACCUCAUCACUGCAGCCGGUUUGGGCAACCCUAAAGCCGAUGCUAUUCUGAACAAGGCCUGCACAGCUCUAGGUGUGGGCAUCAUCAACAUCCUCCACAUAGUAAACCCCUCUCUUGUGAUUCUAUCUGGAGUCUUGGCUUCUUACUACCAGAACCCAGUGCAGCACAUUGUCCAUGGGAGAGCUCUCCUCUCUGCACAGAGCAUCAAAGUUGUCACAUCAGACUUGGAGGACCCUGCAUUACUUGGAGCUGCUAGCAUGGUGCUAGAUUACACAACAAGAAGAACAUACUGAAGGCUAUACUACUAGUCCUGGUUUACUGAGAACCAGUUUCAAUGAUAUGAUUGCAAGACAGAAAAGAUAGUACAACCAUAACUCAUUUAAAUUUAAAAUAAAAUUUAUAGCAUACAUUUUGAAUAAUGAAGGAGGUGGGGGCAUGUGGUAAAAAAUCUGAUAUUUAAAAAAGAAAAAGUAAUUUUAUUUUGCUGCUUGUUGAUAACCUAAAAGAGUUGCAGUUUUCUUGUGUUGACCACAAAAAUUCAAAUUGCUUUAGGAGUGAGAGGUUAAACAGAUUAAGCCUGAAUACUUCAUGUGUAAAGUGAGUUGAAUGCACAGGCCAGUAAUCUGUCUGUCUACUGUUCUUAUGUAAGAACACUUUCAGGACAGGCUUCAAACACUUUACUUGUAAUGUAAUGUGGUUUUGAGCAUGAAUAUUCAAUUAUUUGAUUAUUCGUUGGAAGUCAGUCAGUUUAUGUGACUUUGCAUAGUCAUAUUAAAAAGAUGAGACAAAAUUGAAAAAAAAUCUUCCUUACUCCAAUGACUACCUAUUAUGUGGUGCAUCAGCAGCAAGCAUUUAGUUAGUGGACUGCAUGGAGAAGCUUGUUUCAGUUGUGACCAAAAAUAUUACUGAAACACACUGCUUCUCUAUUCACUGUCAACACUUUGUUACACAUUUAUUUUCAUCUUGUAUGGAUAAUUUGUACUAAAUUUUCAUUUAAGAGUGACCGUCCAAUUACUCUGUCAUAUAUCCAUGUUUUGUAAUUCAUUAAAUUAUUUAAGGUGUAAUGCUUUAAGAACAGUAGUUAGUUAGAUAGUUAGUUAUCACUGCUAUUGCUGCUACAUUAUGGCAAGGGUGAAUUAUCUGUCUGAAUCAGGUUACGUUUUAAAUUCUUUGUUUUACAUUGUAUUACUGCAUACGUUACAAAUAUUUUACUGAGUGAAUGUUUGCUUCAUGUGUUUUGGGAAAUAUGUUACUACGCAGGUCCUGUGAUUUAUGCUGUUACAUCGGUCAUGUCGGUCAAGUUUAAAGUUUUAAACGCACGUCCGUGUCAAAUAAUUGUUUUUUGUUCAUCCAAUUUAAUUUUAAGCAGCCUUUGUGUUUCAUUUGUACAAAGACUAUCAUUAUCAUAGGAAAAUUCAACAUAAAAAUGUGUUUUAAUGAGGCAUUUACAGCCUUUCCAUAUGUGUAAUGAAAAAUGUUUUUAAAGAGAAGAAAUACCAAUCUCAUUGUGGGGUGAUUUAUUUUCUUGGGACCAGUAGAAGAAAAGUUUCAACUGAGCUGCUUGUUUUUUUGGGGUUUUUUUUCAAUUGCACACUGCCUGUAACAUUAGUCAGAGCACAUUGAAUGAGUCUCCUGGAUAUUUAUACUGACAAAAUUACAUUCAUGUCCCAUUUUCACUGGUGCUAAUGGGACUUGAAAAAUCCAUUAUCACCACACUGGCUUUUGCACUCGGUAUAAGCUAGAGCUCCAACAGAGUUGUAAUAUCUGGAUCUUCUACUUAAAAACAGUCAAGUCAAUUCAAAACAUGGUACUUUUCCACUUACUCAUGUGAGUUAUUAGGAAUUGUACAGUUACAGGAUAUUAUGUUAUAUUGAUAUUUUGUUGAUGUUACUUUUUAAUUCCCAAAAUAACAUCCCUCUAACACAUUUGCAAAAGUCUAAUAAACAUUUACCAGUUUAAAAA